GUUCAACUGCGCCUACCAGAAACUUAGCCGUCGAGUGAGGAAGUGGACCUGGCAGCGAGCCGGAGGGAGGAUGGGAGGCGAUCUGGGAUCUGCUCCGGUCGAGGCGCUACCGUGGUGGAGGGCGGAGGAGGAAGCGAUAAAGAUCGAGCCGGCGGAGAAGAAGGAGAAGGCGAUGGUGGUGGAGGAGGAGGACAAGACGGGGUGGAGGUGCUGGAAACACCCGAUGCAGUCUCCCGGAGGAAUCUGCGCCGCUUGCCUCCGAGAUCGCCUCCUGCGCCUCUGCCCUGACUGCGCGAGCCUCCGCCCGUGCGGCUGCUUCGCCUCCCCUUCCUCCUCCGCUUCCUCCUCCUCCGGAUCCUCCAGAUCUUGCCGAUGGAUCGCCGGAGAAGACGCGGGUUUGGGGCAGGUGGGGACCGUCUCCCGUCUCAUCGCCAGAGAGCCGGCCUUUCGGCGGUCCCGAUCGGUCGGGAUCCCUCUCGUAACGUCGCGAUCAGUGGCGGCCGUUACGGCGGAGGGCGACGAUCCAUCACCUCCCUCGAAGGCGCGGGGCGGAGGAAGGGGAUGGACUUUUUUCUGGCUGUUCUCGAGGUCGGCGGGGGAGGGCAAGAAGGAUCCGCCGCCGGCAGGUUUGUUCCGAUCCAGGACGGUGGCGGUGGGGCGCUCUUCCAUGCGCGGCUGGGGCCUUCCGGAAGAGGAGGAGAAGAGGAAGCCGGGGCGGAGGUGGCACUUUCCAAGCCCGAUGAAGGUAUUCCGGCAGCUGAAGCAGCCCGCCAAGACGGCGGCAGGACACGAACGAUCGCCGGUGUGGCGCGGAUAAAGGUAAAGAUAAAGGAAAAGCUAAAGUAUGAAAGGAAGGCGACAAGGAGCUGAUGGAGGUGUGAUGUGUGGACUAUGGAAGCCUUGGGACUAAGUUUUAGAAAUCUAUAAAGACUUGUAUUUAGACUAUUGGAGUUUUUGCCACCAUGUGAUGAUUUGGUUUAGCUUCUUAGAUGUUUUAUGUUUUAUAUUUAUUAGAACUGCGUGGUUGUUUGUUUAA